AUGAGCUUCAAUCACCUUGUUCGCUUCGAGGAGAACGGUCAGCUCCAAUACGGUGACCUCGUCAAGUCCGAUGACAGCCAAGGUCACACAGUGUCGCUGUUGGCGGGCAAUCCUUGGAGCGGCUUCACUCAGACCGGACAGACAAAGAUCAUUUCCCAGCUACUUUGUCCGCUCGAGAGCACACCACAAAUCAUCUGCGUUGGGUUGAAUUACCAGCAGCACGCAGCCGAGGCAAACUUGACAGUUCCAACCUACCCCGUCAUCUUCACCAAGCCGAGCGACGCUCUGGCCGGACCCUAUGACCCUGUUCAUGUGCACCCCGACGCCCAAGCUCAGCUGGACUAUGAGGGGGAGCUCUGUGUCAUAAUCGGCCGCGACGUGAAGAAUAUCUCGGAGAAGGACGCGCUCGACUGUGUCUUGGGCUACGCCGCUGGGAAUGAUGUCUCGGCGAGGAACUUCCAGCUUCCGGCUGCCUCUGGAGGACAAUACUGCUAUGCCAAGUCUUUUGACGGGUUUGCGCCCAUCGGCCCUGCCAUCUGGUCUCCAAGCGUGGUGCCUGACCCGCAGAGCCUACAUUACAAGACCAGGGUCAAUGGGGAGGUUGUCCAGGAGACGUCGACGGGCGACAUGAUCUGGUCGGUGCGCCAGCUCAUCGCGCACCUUGCUAGGGGAACGACCCUUCGCCGGGGAACCGUCAUCAUGACUGGCACGCCUUCUGGCGUUGGAUUUUUCCGAAACUCGUUUCUCAAGGAUGGAGACAUUGUCGAAGUCGAGGUGGACGGGUUGGGUAAAAUAUCCAACCGCAUGCGCUUUGAUUCUUGA